UACCUGUCCCUCAUUCCCAUCAUCAGCGGCGUCCUGCUGGCCACCGUCACGGAGCUGUCUUUUGACAUGUGGGGGCUCCUCAGCGCGCUGGCAGCCACCUUGUGCUUCUCCCUUCAGAAUAUCUUCUCCAAAAAGGUGUUGCGAGAUUCCCGGAUCCACCACCUCCGGCUGCUCAACAUCCUGGGCUGCCAUGCCGUGUUCUUCAUGAUCCCCACGUGGGUUCUGGUAGACCUCUCGGCGUUCCUGGUCAGCAGCGACCUGACCUACGUGUCCCAGUGGCCCUGGACACUCCUGCUCCUGGCCAUCAGCGGCUUCUGCAACUUUGCCCAGAACGUCAUCGCCUUCAGCAUCCUCAACCUCAUCAGCCCCCUGAGCUACUCGGUCGCCAACGCCACCAAGAGGAUCAUGGUCAUCACCGUGUCCCUCAUCAUGCUGCGCAACCCAGUCACCAGCACCAAUGUCCUGGGCAUGAUGACGGCCAUCCUGGGUGUCUUCCUGUACAACAAGACCAAGUAUGAUGCCAACCAGCAAGCGAGGAAGCACCUCCUGCCCAGCACCACAGGGGACCUGAGCAGCAAGGAGAAACCCCAGAACGGCCUCCUGUUCCCCCAGCACACGGACUAUCAGUACAGCCGCAACAGCGUCCUCACAGACCACUUCCAGUACAGCCGGCAGAGCUACCCAAACACGUACAGUUUGAACCGUUACGAUGUGUAG